AUGCCCCCUCUGAUACGACAGCGGCUUGCAGGAUCCCCGCUCCACGGUCCACGUGGGCCAAUCGAACUCCCCCACCCCCGGAAGAGGGAAAAUAUCGACGGCUUAGAGAGAGAGAGAUAG